CAAAAUCCAAAACCAAAACCCCCAGCUUGAAGCUAAACCCUUAAUAGUUUCAGAGUGAAGCCGAAGAAGAAGAAGAAUGCUCCGAUUCGAAUGCUUUCUUCAUAUUUUUCCGUCUCCGACUACAACAAACAUCCAGAGUUAUAUUCCCGCCAAAAGUUUCUCGCCGUUUCCGACCACCGGCGCGUUCCCGGAGUCGAAGAUCGGGGAGAUUCGCGCGGAUUGGUCGGUAAAGAGAUGGAAACUGAAAUCGAAGGGUUUGGAGAGUGAGAGUGAAGAAGAUAUCGAUUUUGACGACGAAGACGGGGAAGGAGAAGAGGGAUUUUCGUCGAGGAGGAGAGGUGGGUACAGAGGCAAAGAAGAGGAGAGGAACUACGAUAAAGACCCUGAAUUCGCGGAGAUUCUGGGAGAUUGCUUGGAUAAUCCAGAAAAAGCUAAGAAAAAGAUGGAAGAGAGAUUGAGGAAGAAAAGGAACAAGAUUCUGCACACAAAAACAGGUUCCGGAACUCCCAUGAAGGUGACAUUCAACAAAUUCAAAUUCUCAAAUUCAUACAUAUGGUUUGAGUUCUACAACUCCCCACUGGAGAAAGAUAUAAACUUGAUCUGUGAUACAAUCAGAUCUUGGCAUAUCCUUGGACGUCUCGGUGGAUACAAUUCCCUGAAUAUGCAAUUAUCACAAGCACCUCUAGAUAAGAGGCCGGGUUACGAUGCUAUCCUGGGAGCCAAUAUUGAACCCACCACGUUUUACAACAUAGGAGAUCUCGAGGUUCAAGACAACUUAGCUCGACUCUGGGUCGAUAUUGGAACUAGCGAGCCGUUGGUUCUCGAUGUUCUGAUAAACGCAUUGACCCAAAUAAGCUCGGACCAUGUCGGAAUAAAGCAAAUAGCGUUUGGUGGGUCUGAAUUCGAGAGCUGGAAGGAGAACUUGACAUCAGAGGAAGCUGGUUUCAGAGUACACAAGAUUUAGAACUGCAACCUGUAAUGUGUCACAUGUUCUUGAGUUAAAUACUCAAAAGAUUCUUGUUCCAAUGGAACAACUAGAGUUAUUCUUUACCAA